AUGGCUGAUAUUUGUAAAAUUGACCCAAACGGGGCAAAUGAGGUAGGCAGUAAUUCUUCUAAGAGUCAAACUCCAACAUCCAAAAUUUGCAGAAAUAAUAUAUGUUGCUUAAAUAUGUUUGAAAGAGCCGUUCAGGAUCCAUGCUGUCAAGCGUGCGAUAUGGAAGAUGAGAAUAAUUCAGAAGACCUUUUUCAAAAUUAUACGGCUAUUAGAGAACUUGAAAGGAGUGAUAAAUCCUUAUCACCGUUAAAUGAGACAUUUUAUCAAACUGAUGAAGUGGAUCCGUUAGAAGAGAAUGGAAGAGGUGCCGGAAAAUCGACAGACCUACCUUCCAAUAUCAUGCAACUAAACGACCCCUUGCGACAACAGCCAUCUCGACACCAUAGGAGGGCAGCAACACUUUCAACUUCUAAAUAUACCAUACACAAUGAAAAUGGUAACGAUAAUGACAAUAAUGACACUAACCCAUUAUUUUUGAAACAACGAAUGAAACCUCAAGACUUAAGAAAAAUAAAAACAGCUCCAUAUUUUGAUACUGGUUGUAUGUCUGAACUACCAAAUAAACCAAAUUAUCAAAUAAAUUCUUCGCCAUUUUUCUUAAGGAACUCAAGAAGAAAUAGUUGCAACUUGAUUCACCAAAUGUCAAGAAAACCUACACAGUCAGAACCUCGUCCAUAUUCCUCUAUGAGUGCAAAUGCUAGACAAGAAAACAAUAAAAUCGAUACGUUUUCUGACUACAUUGCUGAUUCGCCUAAUGGUCAAAGAAGUUUAUCUCAGGUAUCAUGUGCAGCAAUUCCGACUCACUUAUAUGGAUUAGAAAAGUAUGUCACUUCCGAAUUGGAUGCCAUGUCAUCAACCGACGAGUACAAGAUUGAGUCAAAGUGUGAAGACGCGGAGCAGGUACGCGGAACGUCUGUCUCCUCUUCACAACUAAUGACAGGGAAUGAACCCUUAACCAUGAAUGUGAGAAGGAGAUCUUCAAAUAAUAAAGGUGGUUCAAUUUCAAAUCCUAGGCAUAGAAAGAAAUCAUUCAUUGAAGCAUCCUUAGGGAGCUCCUUCUCUUCGACAUAG